UUGACACAAGAAGCUUUAGCAAUGAAGACUUUAAUUUUGCUAUGCACUUUGGCCGCAGUGGCUCUAGCGGCACCUUCUGAUACCUACAACCCUCACUACGAUAGCUUCAACGCGCAGGAGCUUGUUGAUAACGUACGAUUAUUGAAGAACUACGGCAAUUGUUUCCUAGGCAAGGGCCCAUGCACUUCUGAGGGAAAUGAUUUUAAAAAAAUAAUUCCUGAGGCCUUAAGAACCACUUGCGGCAAAUGCACGCCGAAACAGAAGGAGCUUGUAAGGACUGUCGUUAAAGGAUUCCAGACUAAGUUGCCAGACAUAUGGCAGCAGUUGGUACUGAAAGAAGACCCCACAGGCGAAUACAAAGAGUCCUUCGAACGAUUCCUUAAUGCUAGCGAUUAA